UUUGUUUACUUUUUUGAGAUUUGAUUUUGUCUCGGUUUUUGUUUACUCAGCUUUGAGAAUUAUUUAAAUCAACUGUCAUCGUAUUUAAUUUGUGUCACUUGGUCAUUUUCUCUGGUCAUGUCUGCCAAUCCUAAAUUGAUUCCUCAGCAAGAGUAUAUUCUACAAGGAAGUAUCAAUGAUUCAGCACUUGAGAUGCUUUUACAUCGUCUUCAAGGGUUGUGUGAUAAUGCCGAUAGUCCUGCUGAAACUUUUCUCGAUCGUGAAUAUGUUUACUCAAUUCGAAAUCCAAAUGGACAAGCAGUUCUAUUGAGGGUUCGACAAGAUCUUGAACGUAAAGAUUAUCCUUGGCAUUUAAGGUAUUUGGGUCAACCUGAAAUCGGUGAUAAAACAAGAGCAACGCUGGUCCGUUCUUGUAUUGAUGUAGCUUGUUCAAAUAAUGUUGGUCAGUUUUUACAAGAAAUGGGCUUUAAGAAAGACUAUGAAUUUUACAGUAAAGGAUAUAUGUUCAAAAAAGGUCGAUUGAAGGUGAUUGUGGCCAAAGUAUUCCAUUUAUUGACCCCGGAAGCCAAUCAAUCUCAACAACCAGUUUUCUCUGAAAAUAAUCUAGAAACAGUUACACAAUCACAUUUGGUUGAAGUUAGUAUUGUAGCUCCGUCAGGAUCUGAUCCUCUCGCCGAUGAAAUAAAACAAUUUGCUGAUCAACUUAAACCUCUCGUUGAUUUGGUAAAAAUUGAUCCCCGAAGAUUAGCCUAAUAAACACGAUAAUCAUAAUCAUCUCUCAUUCUUCUCCUCCUCAACUAAAUCAAGGAACACAAAAUCUACUACCAACUGAAUCUGCCCAAUUUUCAUUACCAUUUGUAUGAAAAAAGAAAGUAAAAAGAAUAUAUUUUUUUUCUUCCAUCAAUAUGAGAAAAAAAAAACAACGAAUUGUGAAUAAAAACAAAGGAAGAAAACUAAAA